UCACCUGUGAUUGUUGAGUUUGUUCUAAUCAGAUACAAGUCUAAAGGAAGUUUCAGGAGCAGGAAGCGGGGAAGGAAUAUUUGUUCAUGUGUACUGAAGCACAAGACCCACCAACACCAUGAGCAACAUCUACGAGUCUGCAGCCAACUCCCUGGGUCUGUUCAACAGCCCCUGCCUGACCAAAGUGGAGCUUCGUGUUGCCUGCAAAGGCAUCUCGGAUCGGGACGCACUCAACAAGCCCGACCCUUGUGUCAUCAUCAAGAUGCAGUCACAUGGACAGUGGCUGGAGGUGGACAGGACUGAGGUGAUCCGCAGCUGCAUCAACCCCACCUUCUCCAAGCUCUUCACGCUGGACUACUACUUCGAGGAGGUGCAGAGGCUGCGCUACGAACUCUACGACAUCAGCAGCAACCACAACGGGAUCCGGGAAGGAGACUUCCUGGGGGCCAUGGAGUGCACACUCGGACAGAUUGUGUCCCAGAGAAAACUGUCCAAAGCGCUCCUGAAGCAGGGGAACACAGUGGGGAAAGCCGCCAUCACGAUUAUCGCGGAGGAGCUGACAGGGAACGACGACUAUGUGGAACUCACCUUCAGUGCCAGAAAACUUGACGAUAAGGACUUUUUCAGCAAAUCAGAUCCGUUCCUGGAGAUUUUCAGACUAAACGAUGACAACACCCAACAGCUAGUGCACAGAACUGAAACAGUCAUGAACAACCUCAAUCCACUCUGGAAAACCUUCAAAGUUUCCUUGAACUCCCUGUGUAGUGGUGACCAUAACAGAGCACUACAGUGUAAGGUGUGGGACUGGGACUCCAACGGAAAGCACGACUUCAUAGGGGAAUUCGAGGGAACGUUUAAAGAGAUGAGGGCAGCCAUGGACGGGAGACAGGUGCAAUGGGAAUGUAUUAAUCCAAAGUAUAAAGUCAAAAAGAAGAAUUACAAGAACUCUGGGAUAGUUAUUUGUAAUUUGUGCAAGGUUAUUAAGAUGCAUUCCUUCCUGGAUUACAUUAUGGGCGGUUGCCAGAUCCAGUUUACAGUCGCUAUUGAUUUUACUGCCUCCAAUGGGGACCCCAGGAACAGCUGCUCCCUGCACUACAUCCACCCGUACCAGCCUAACGAGUAUCUCAAAGCCCUGGUGGCCGUGGGGGAAAUCUGCCAGGACUACGACAGUGACAAAAUGUUUCCUGCGCUGGGCUUCGGCGCACGGAUACCUCCGGACUUCAAGGUCUCGCAUGAUUUCGCUGUGAAUUUUAAUGAGGACAACCCAGAAUGUGCAGGUAUACAGGGUGUGGUGGAAGCCUACCAAAAUUGCCUUCCCAAGCUCCAGUUGUAUGGACCCACUAACAUCGCUCCCAUCAUCCAGAAAGUAGCCCGCUCAGCCUCCGAGGAGAUGCACACCAAAGAGGCCAUGCAAUACUUCAUCCUGCUGAUCCUGACGGACGGCGUGAUCACGGACAUGGCCGACACGCGGGAGGCCAUCGUGCACGCCUCGCAGCUGCCCAUGUCCAUCAUCAUCGUCGGCGUCGGCAACGCGGACUUCAGCGACAUGCAGAUGCUGGACGGCGACGACGGCAUCCUGCGCUCGCCCAAAGGGGAACCCGUGCUGCGAGACAUCGUGCAGUUCGUGCCCUUUCGCAACUUUAAACACGCUACUCCUGCGGCGCUGGCAAAAAGUGUCUUAGCUGAGGUGCCCAAUCAGGUGGUGGAUUACUACAACAGCAAGGGCAUCAAGCCCAAGUGCCCCAGCGAGUACGAGUCUUCCCGGACAUUCAGCGUCAGCCACUAGGCCGUGGCAACGCGCCAGCCCAGCCACCCUGUCUGAAACCUUUUGCUCAACGCGGAAAUGAAGCAAGUUACACAUGAUGUAUGGGAAAGCAGGAAAACAAAC